AUGGAAGCAGUGGGACAACAAGGCAUUCUUUCAAAUCACCCUCAAUAUGGAGGAUGGUGUCAUGAACAAUAUGUUGACACAACAUUGGCAAACAAAGCCUGGAUGCAGAUUGUUGAGCACUGGGAAGGCAAGGGCAUGCAAUUGCUGUCCUUCCUAUACCAACAAUUAAUGAGCACAAAAAUCAAGGAAGAAGAGGACCUUACCACUGGGUUCAAUUUGAUAAAAUCAACAGUCUCAAAAAUCAAGACACUUGGAGAGUCCAUCAGCAAUUUCCUACUUGCUCAGAUAAUCAUGAAUGCGCUCCCACUGUCCUAUGCAAUCAUCAGCACUGUCAUCCAGACAUCUAUGCAGCAGGCAGCCAUCACAUCCAAUGCCAUAUGCAAAGCUGCAUUACAAGAGGAAGAACAUCAGCAAAAAGGUGGAGGGAUUACUGCAAUCAAGGAACAACCCAAAAGGGAAGAAAAGGACCUAGGUCCUCCUUGUGCCAACUGUUCAAAGCCUGGUCAGACCAAGCAGGAAUGCUGGGCAAAAGGUGGUGGAGCCAAAGGCACUGGUCCCCAGCAGAGACAGCAGAACUCAAAGCAGUUGAAAGACAAGUUCAACAAGUCCCAAGCCAACUGUCAUAAACAGAGGAAAAUAGAACUAGCCAGAAUUGAACCAGCUUGA